UUGGGGAAUGGCGGUCAACGUGUACUCUACCUCUAUAACCCAAGAGACUAUGAGCAGACAUGACAUCAUCGCAUGGGUUAAUGAUAUAUUAGCUUUAAACUACACAAAAGUUGAACAACUCUGUUCAGGAGCAGCUUACUGCCAGUUCAUGGACAUGUUGUUCCCAGGGUGCAUUAGCUUGAAGAAAGUAAAGUUUCAAGCAAAGCUGGAGCAUGAAUACAUUCACAACUUCAAACUUCUGCAAGCAUCAUUUAAAAGAAUGAAUGUGGACAAGGUAAUUCCCGUGGAAAAACUGGUCAAAGGGCGCUUCCAAGACAACUUAGAUUUCAUUCAAUGGUUUAAGAAGUUCUUUGAUGCUAACUAUGAUGGGAAGGAGUAUGAUCCUGUGGAAGCUCGACAAGGCCAGGACGCCCUUCCCCCACCAGAUCCCGGUGAACAAAUCUUCAACCUGCCCAAAAAGUCUCACCAUGCAAACUCUCCGACUGCAGGUGCUGCUAAAUCCAGUCCAGCUUCUAAACCAGGAUCAACACCUUCUCGCCCAUCUUCAGCAAAAAAAGCUGCACCAAGCAGCUCAGCAUCCAAAUCAGAUAAAGAUCUGGAAACUCAAGUCAUACAGCUCAGUGAACAGGUACAUUCAUUAAAACUUGCACUUGAAGGCGUGGAGAAGGAAAGGGAUUUCUACUUUGGCAAAUUAAGGGAGAUUGAACUUCUCUGCCAGGAACACGGGGGAGAGAAUAAUGACCUUGUCAAUCGGCUAAUGGAAGUCCUUUAUGCUUCAGAAGAACACGAGAGCCACACAGAAGAGCAUGAAGGUGAAGAGCAAGUCCAUGAACAGCCCCAGCAGCAGGAGGAGUACUGACUCACCCAGCGUCUCUGACAAUUUUCGUUCUGUGUGAGAACUUUCUUCUGGAGAAUGGAACAUGUGUGGCCUCAAACUUGGAAAUCAGUUCACUCCCAGUCUGCCAUUAACAUUUUAUGUACCAUAGUGAGUGCCAGCCAACCACUGCAUUCUGUACCCAUCCUUUGCCAAGAUGCAUUUUGCAGACGUCUUCUUUCAGUGUAUCUUCCCGAGAGGUCGGUCGUAGGGCUACAUCACCCACUGUACGUCACUGCAACUUCACCACUUGGCUGCUUGAGAUUUGUUCCGCUCUUUAAAAACAAAAUAUAUAUAUUUAUUUUUUUCUUUUUCGUCUUAAGUAUGAUACACUUGUAACUUGUUCUAACAUAUUUAUAUUGGCAUUUUGUGUGGCAAGAAGUACCGUACCACUAGCUGUCUCUCUCACUUUGUGGGGCUUUUGCGUCUUCUAGUACCUCUGCGUUGGGGCGUAAAUUCGGUGGAACAAUUGGAAUAAAGGAUACCGUGGAAGUUGUACUCAAGCCAUGGUGCUGAGGUGUGUUGUGGAGGAAACUGCUCAUGUUGCUCACGUUUAUCCCUGUCCUGCCUUCGCAGAAUGGAAGGCAGAGCAUCUGUUUAACUAGGAGAGAUUUAAACCCCUGUGUUAGAAAGCUUGUUAGAAAGCUGCAUGGGAUGGUUUUUUGGCUUAUUUCUGGAGGAACAGACAUCCACUUAAGUGUUUUUUUGUUUGUUUGUUUGUUUUUUAAAACCCUCCUGGUUUCCUGAGUAGUCAAUAGACAUUUCCCAGCUUUUCUUCCUUCCUGAGGAAUCCAGUCCCAGCCUCCAGCUGCAGCUCUGCCUCUGCAGAGCUCAGUGCUGAUGGAGGAGGGAGAUCUUGACACAAACUUAGCUGCAGGAGGUGAUCUCUGCUGUUGUGUUUGGCUUCCCCACCCCACCCCUGCCCCCGGAGAGGGGACACUGUAGACCAGCCACCGCUUGUCGCUCUCCUUCCCCCCAGCCGUGCAGCUCUGGAAGA